CGUACGUUUACAUGUUCAAUGGCCAGUCAGUCGACCAUAGAUGUUCAUUAUGUAGUCCCUUAUCGCUGUCUAGUGAGAGUAGUCGUAUUUAGGUAUAUUUAGACAACAAUUUAUAAAUAGAAAUGAUUCAGAUGAUAUUACUAUCAGUCACUUGUUUACUAAUACUCAGUGGUGAAGUUUAUGGUGCUCCAAAGAAGAGGAAAACUUAUUCGGAAUUAAAGUCUUGUGAUCUCGGUAACUUGGCAGAGGAGAUUGCUUCAUACGAUACCGUUGUGAAGGACAUAAUAGAUUACGCCGUGACCGGACCAUUCAAAGGGAAGACCUACAAUGAAUUGGCUAAAUUUGUGGACAAGUUUGGUCCACGCCCUUCAGGAUCUCAGGUUCUUGAGGAUUCCAUCGAUUACAUGAUCGAAUUAACCCGCGAGGAAGAUAUAAAGGAUAUAAUAACAGAAGAAGUCAAGGUUCCUCACUGGUCGAGAGGAGAGGAGAAACUAACAAUGCUUGAACCAAGAGUAAAAGAUAUUGCUCUGCUAGGACUAGGAAUGAGUGUAUCCACUCCACCUGAUGGAAUUACAGCUGAAGUAAUAGUUAUAAGAAAUUUCACUGAAUUAGAAAAUAUUGGCGAAAAUAAUAUCAAAGGAAAAAUUGUUUUGUAUGAUCCUGUUUUCAUUACGUAUGGUAAAACUGUAGCAUAUAGAUCUCAAGGAGCAUCUAAAGCAGCAGCAAAAGGCGCUAUUGCUUCUUUAGUUCGUUCUAUUGCUCCAUUUUCUAUUAAUUCACCACAUACUGGAAUGCAAACAUAUGAGAAAAACGUUACAAAAAUUCCAACCGCUGCCAUAACACUUGAAGACGCUGAUUUAAUUAGAAGAAUUAUUACACGAGGAGAAAAGGUUGUUUUAAAACUCGAAAUGACAUCGUCCUAUGAUGAUAAAGUAUCACGAAAUACUAUAAUUGAUUUAAAAGGUCGAGAAAGAUCUGACAGUCUUGUAAUAGUUUCAGGACAUAUUGAUAGUUGGGAUGUUGGUCAAGGCGCUAUGGAUGAUGGAGGUGGUUUGUUUAUAAGUUGGGCGGUCCCAGUAAUUCUCCAACGUUUAAGUUUACGUCCAAAAAGAACUGUAAGAACAAUAUUUUGGACUGCAGAAGAAGUAGGAUUAGUUGGUGCAUAUGCUUAUGAAAAACAACAUAGAAACGAAAGUAAUAAUAUUAAUUUUAUAAUGGAAUCUGAUGAAGGCACAUUUGCCCCUCUCGGUUUGGCGGUAGGGGGUAAUCAGGAAGCUCGGUGCAUUAUUGCCGAAAUUCUAAAAUUAUUCCAAUCUAUCAAUGCUUCCACUUUAAUAGAAGAAGAUAGCCCAGGUUCUGAUAUAACUGUUAUAACAAGUAAAGGAGUUCCAGGAGCCAGUCUAUAUAAUGAUAAUUCGGAAUAUUUUUGGUUUCAUCAUACUGAAGGAGACACUAUGAAUGUUGAAGAUGAACAGGAGCUUGAUCAAGGAACCGCUUUCUGGACUGCAGUUGCUUACAUAAUAGCAGAUAUUUCUGUCGAUAUACCUCGAUGAUUUUUGUACACCUAUAAAAUAAUAUUUAUUAAUCUAUAGUUUUUAAUCUUAGUAAUAUCCAAUGUAUAAUUAGAAUAAUUUCAUUAAUUAAAUUAAAUGAAAUACAUAUCACUAAAUAUGUAUGUAACAAAGUAUUACUUGUUUUAUAGAGUAAAAUAAUUCGUGAAAUGUAAUAUGAUUGCAUAUAAGUACAUAAAUUUAUAAUUUAUUUCAUUAUUUUAUAAAUCAUAAAGGUUAUUAUUGAAUAAUGUAGCCAAAUCAGUACACACCCGUACUGUGUUCCGAAGCGAGUCACGGCACUAUUGAUCCCCUUGUAACUUCAUUAUGGAUAAAACAAGAAGUGAAUUUUUAGUGAUCAAGUGAACACAUUAUAACUGGUUACAUUGCCAAUAUACCUAAUUACAUAAUACCUAAUUAUUGCUAGUCAAAGUUCUUUUACUAGGUGUUUUUACUAGGAAUUUUUUACAUUUUAUAUUUUUCAUGAGAUAAAUAACAUCAAUCACAAUUACGCUAUUGACGUUCCACAUACUGGAAAUGUUUGGAUAUUCGUUAGUCUGGUUUAAACAGCUGACGAGAUUUGAAUGAAAAUUCUUGGUCACGUGAUUGCGGUUAAAAAUAGUGUAACAUAAAUAAAUGUUCUAAUUUUUCUUCGAUUAAGACCAAGAUGCAAAUAUAUUGUGAUUUCUAGUUUGGUUCACUAAACAGCUACAACAGGUAUUAUUAGAAAAAUACUUGUAACAUACUCUUUCACAAAAAAGGUGUUAUAAUAAAUACUUAACCCGUUUCGCCGGUUAGUUUAGUUCUUUCCCGUACAUUCAACUACAAUAGCGUUACAAAUUUAAUUGUUUAAAGUCGGACAAUGGAACAAAUUAACUAGUUAUGAAACUUUUUUGUUUUGUAUUAUAAAAUACCGGACCAAGCGGCAUAUGAAACUGAAUCUAUACUACGUAGGUAUGUAGUUAUGUACUGUAUGAUAUAUCCAUGUUAUUAAAAAAUAUCAUGACACUCAAUAUGCUUAAAAAUAAUGGUAACAUUGAUGGUGUAAUUGCUUCCACAACUUUACUUUCAGAUGGUCGCAGGUUUGGAUCCCAUACAGUUCAAAAAUAUAUAACAUGACUAUCCAUAUUAA